CGAAACUUCAACGAUUAUAAACAAAAUACAAAUAUUUGAUGAUAAAUUUGAAUCUGCGGCUAAAAUUAGGGCAUUUCUGGAUACUUUUAUUAAGAAUAUUCCACAGUUAGUUAUUCAGGUUCUAUAUUUUAAUUCAAUAGUAACUUAUAGUAUUAUUCCGUUUCUUACAUUAUGUACAACUAUCUUCAUGAUUAUUCUUACGAAUACUCGUUCAUUAUUCGAAUUAUUUAAAAAGAAAGAGAAUAAAGGAGAUGACAAGACAAGUGAUAAAGGAAAUGAUAAUAAAAAAAGCGAUGAAGGUUAUGAUGACAAAAAAGGCAAUAAGAAGAAUAAAAUCAACGAUGAUGAUGAAAAGGAAGAUAAUGAAUGGAUUGCGAGGAUGGUUGAAGGAUGGGUCAAUGAAGGAAAGGGAAAUACAGAAAUUGAUAACCAAUCAAAAAGUUAA